AUGAUGCUGGAGACAUAUAUGAACCUCAUUGCUAUAGGAUACAAGUGGGAAAAUCUUGAAGUUGAAGAACAUUGUCAAAGCUCUCAAAGACAUGAAAGGCAUGAAAGAACACACACUGGAGAGAAACCCUAUGAAUGUAAACAGUGUGAUAAAUCCUUUGCACAUGACAGACAUCUUCAAAGGCAUACAAGAACACAUACUGGAGAGAAACCCUAUGAAUGCAAUCACUGUGGUAAAGCCUUUGCAGAUCAUAGUCAUCUUCAAAGGCAUGAAAGAACACAUACUGGAGAGAAAACCUAUGAAUGCAAUCACUGUGGUAAAGCCUUUGCCUAUCAUAGUCAUCUUCAAAGGCAUGAAAGAACACAUACUGGAGAGAAACCCUAUGAAUGCAAUCACUGUGGUAAAGCCUUUGCAUAUCAUAAUCACCUUCAAAAGCAUGAAAGAACACAUACUGGAGAGAAACCCUAUGAAUGCAAUCACUGUGGUAAAGCCUUUGCAGAUCAUAGUCAUUUUCAAAGGCAUGAAAGAACACAUACUGGAAAGAAACCCUAUGAAUGCAAUCACUGUGGUAAAGCCUUUGCAGAUCAUAGUCAUCUUCAAAGGCAUGAAAGAACACAUACUAGAGAGAAACCCUAUGAAUGCAAUCACUGUGGUAAAGCCUUUGCAGAUCAUAGUCAUCUUCAAAGGCAUGAAAGAACACAUACUGGAAAGAAACCCUAUGAAUGCAAUCACUGUGGUAAAGCCUUUGCAGAUCAUAGUCAUCUUCAAAGGCAUGAAAGAAUUCAUACUGGAAAGAAACCCUAUGAAUGCAAUCACUGUGGUAAAGCCUUUGCAGAUCAUAGUCAUCUUCAAAGGCAUAAAAGAACACAUACUGGAAAGAAACCCUAUGAAUGCAAUCACUGUGGUAAAGCCUUUGCAGAUCACAGUCACCUUCAAAGGCAUGAAAGAACACAUACUGAAGAGAAACCCUAUGAAUGUAAUCUGUGUGGUAAAGCCUUUACAGAUCACAAUCAUUUUAAAACACAUGAAAUAACACAUACUGGAAAGAAACCCUAUGAAUGUAAUCUGUGUAAUAAAACCUUUGCAUAUCACAGUUAUCUUCAAAUACAUAAAUGGAAACAUACAGGAGAGAAACCCUAUAAAUGUAACCAAUGUGUUAAAGCCUUUGUACAACACAGUUAUCUUCAAAGCCAUAAAAGAACACAUACUGGAGAGAAACCAUAUGAAUGUAAUCAAUGUAGUAAAGCCUAUGAACGUAACAGUGAUCUUAAAGUGCAUAAAAGAACACAUACUGGAGAAAAAACCUAUUAA